AGCAGCUGGUCACAUGAGCCUGAAUUUUCAGUUCAGUUCAUUAGUCAGCCAUUUUGGUCAACACCCUGCUUACUGCGCACAACCAAUCCUAUUAGAACUCAGCAUCCCGGCUCAUCUGAGCAGAUCCUGGAAGUGAUUUCUGCAGUUCAGGAUUUUUUUUAAAGCUAAAUUGAAAAUACCGGUUUAUUUUUCAUUCAUUUUUUUUCUUUUGGGUUUUUUUUUCUCCACCAAGAAGGAAGAUUUUUUUACUUAUUCAUGCGGAGGCCAGUUUUUAAAGCCCGCUAAGGUGGCAUCGACUGUGCAGGAUUUAAAGCCGUAUAGCUCAACUGAAAAAGAACGGGGUAGGGCAGGGAAGAUAGGACAGAAGCUGGGAGAAGACAAGCAUCAUCUUAUUUUGCUAUGUGGUAGGAACUGUCUAUGAGAAAAGAUAGCAUAAUACUGUUUAUCUUGAACAGUUGGUUCUUAAACCAUAAGGUAUUUUUCCUUGUGUGUGCUUUUUUUAACCUCCCCCACCCCUUUUCUUGAGAGCUUUGUUCCAGAGCUUUGGAUUUGGGGUUUUUUUGGUGAGGAGGUUUUUUAUUUAUUUGUGUGUGUGUGUGUGUGUGUGUGUGUGUGUGUGUGUUGUGGUCCCAGCUGAGUCAUCAUGUCUGCCCUGACGCCUCCAACCGAUAUGCCAACCCCCACCACUGACAAGAUCACACAGGCUGCCAUGGAGACCAUCUACCUUUGCAAAUUCCGGGUGUCUAUGGAUGGAGAAUGGCUCUGCCUGCGAGAGCUGGAUGACAUCUCACUCACGCCUGACCCAGAGCCUACCCAGGAAGAUCCUAACUAUCUCAUGGCUAACGAACGCAUGAACCUGAUGAACAUGGCCAAGCUGAGUAUCAAGGGCUUAAUUGAAUCCGCUCUGAACCUGGGGAGAACUCUGGACUCUGACUACGCACCUCUCCAGCAGUUCUUCGUGGUGAUGGAGCACUGCCUGAAACAUGGCUUGAAAGCUAAGAAAACUUUUCUUGGACAAAAUAAAUCCUUCUGGGGGCCUCUAGAACUGGUGGAAAAACUUGUUCCAGAAGCUGCAGAGAUAACAGCAAGUGUUAAAGAUCUUCCAGGACUUAAGACACCAGUUGGCAGAGGAAGAGCCUGGCUUCGAUUGGCAUUAAUGCAAAAGAAACUUUCCGAAUAUAUGAAAGCUUUGAUCAAUAAGAAGGAACUUCUCAGCGAAUUCUAUGAACCAAAUGCCCUCAUGAUGGAAGAAGAAGGAGCCAUAAUCUCUGGUCUUUUGGUGGGUCUGAAUGUCAUUGAUGCCAAUUUCUGUAUGAAAGGCGAAGAUUUGGACUCUCAGGUUGGAGUUAUAGACUUUUCAAUGUAUCUGAAGGAUGGGAACAGCAGUAAAGGUAGUGAAGGAGAUGGCCAGAUUACUGCAAUUCUGGACCAGAAGAACUAUGUGGAAGAACUCAACAGACAUCUGAAUGCUACUGUAAACAACCUUCAGGCAAAAGUGGAUGCGUUAGAAAAAUCCAACACUAAACUGACUGAGGAACUUGCAGUCGCAAACAACAGGAUUAUUACCUUGCAAGAAGAAAUGGAACGAGUUAAAGAGGAAAGCUCCUACAUGUUGGAAUCCAAUCGGAAGGGUCCUAAGCAAGACAGAACUUCAGAAGGGCAAGCACUAAAUGAAGCAAGAAAGCAUUUAAAGGAGGAGACACAAUUACGACUGGAUGUUGAAAAAGAACUGGAGAUCCAGAUCAGCAUGAGACAGGAGAUGGAGAUGGCUAUGAAGAUGCUGGAGAAGGAUGUCUGUGAGAAGCAGGACGCCCUGGUGUGUCUGCGGCAGCAGCUGGAUGACCUCAGGGCUCUCAAGCAUGAACUUGCCUUUAAGCUGCAGAGUUCAGACUUAGGAAUAAAACAGAAAAGUGAACUAAACAGUCGCUUGGAAGAGAAGACUAAUCAGAUGGCUGCUACCAUUAAACAACUCGAACAAAGUGAAAAGGAUUUGGUGAAACAGGCAAAGACCUUAAAUAGUGCAGCAAAUAAAUUGAUCCCAAAACAUCAUUAGGCAUUUUGCAGUUGGUCACCUCGCAAGUUUGAUACCACAAUUUAAUUGUAAAAGUUAGAAAUCUGAAAGUUAUUACAUUUAGGCUCUGAUUUAUAUAAAAUGUCACCAAAAAAUGACUUUGAAUUUAUUGGACUUUUAAAAAAACAGUUUAAUAUGUAGGCUGUGUUUUUUCUUCUUUUUUAUUUUCUCCCCAGAGUUAGAAAAUUUAGUACAAAUUCUUAAUUAAACGUCAAAUAAACUUUGCGAAAUUACUUCUGAGUUGACCAAUAAAUAAAUACUCCAUUUAAAAAAGCCUAGGGAAUUGAAGCUUUGUGCAUGAUAUCGAUGCCUUUACAACCCAGCUCCUGACAAGAUCGGAUUCUCGGUGCAUUGUCUCUCUCAGCGAGCCUGUUCUGCCGUAGGGAUGUAAUGAACUAGAGGGGACUACCGUAUGGACUCGGCCUCUUCUCAAGUAGUUCUGUGUUUCUUAGUCCAUGACCCUUUUUCACUUUUGUUAUAUAGGUUUAAUCCCCAAGACAGGAUAAUAAGUACUUAGUAUUUCACUACACUUCUAUUCUCAGUAACCAAGACUGCUUGCAACUUUUUUGCCUUAGUGACUUUGGGGGCGGGAAAACAGCAUCCUUACAUUUCUUUAAAGUACAUAGAGAUAAAGUUAGUGAUUAGGUAACUUAUAAUAACAUAAUAAUGUGGAAGCUUGGGAAAACCCUCCUAAUAUUUGUCAUCUUCUACCUCUGCCAUUUUCCUGCAAUUCCACUUCCUAUUUAGGUAGUUCAGAGAGAACAAUUUUAAUGAAAAUACUCCUCUCCUAUAAAAAAUAUGUGUUACACAUUUUAAAAAUUUAUCCACUCUUCCUUUUGAAGUAAAUAUGACCAGGUAUAGACAUGAGUGAUUGUUUCCCGCCUGUCAUUCCUUGCUGGAAACAUUUGCUUAAGAGUUUUUCUGUUACUUUUUGUUCAGAUAGGGGUUUGCUAAAGUUUCUAGGAAACUAACAAUCUAAUUAUUAGAAAACCAUUUCAGAGUAGGAAAUAGAUAAAUGAUAAACUUAUAGUCUUUAUUAUUAUUUAGUCUAAAAAUAAAGAUUCCCAGUAGAUAUUCGCAAACAAUAAUUACCAGGGCUUUUUUCUCUAAGUAACCACAGAUCUAACCCUUUCUAGGCUUUACAUUGUAAAUAAUCGUAUACUACUUGGAUGUUUUUUAAUGACUUUUAAUUUGGAGGUAUAGGUUUUAUAUAAGCCUUCAUUCCUUCGAAAGAUUGUGGCAAAUUUUUCUCUUUCUUUCUCAUUCUGGUAUGAUUUACAGCAUUUCAGCUGUUUCUAUGGGAACAAAGAUAACCCCUUUGCUUCCAGCUCUUGAAAUCCUCUACCUUCUUGGAAAAACAAAAACUAAGACAGUAAGAUAGACUUCAUGUAUGCUUUUACAGGUCUUUGCAGACUUGAACCAAAGUCAAGUCAAAGAGCACAUGACCAACUCAUGGAAGAUCCUGUGCUCGCAACUUAUUUUAGUCCUUAUCAUUUUGCACCUGUGCUAUCUUCAUCAACCUUUUGUGAGGAGUUGCCUUUCUAUGAGCAUUUAGAAGGAGUGCUCAAACAGCAAAAUAAAACAUUUUAAAAAGGACACAUAGCAUGUUUCCAAAUUCUGUUACAUAGAGCCCCAGAUAGUUCACCUGUUAGAACAUACUUCUUUAUAGGUACAAAGUUAUAGGAUAUAUGGAAGAAGACAUUCAUCAGAAUCUUCCAGAAAAUAUGGUCAGGAAUCUUAUACAGGCUUGGUGCUGAAUUGUUUGCCCACUUAGUCUGACACCACUUGGUAGGAAUAGAAAGGAAAAAGAUGGCCAAACUCUGACAGAGGUUUCUCCUUAUAUAAUAACCUGGGUAAGGGUUAAUGUAUAAUGUCCAGUGAUUUAAUACAAACUGUGGUUUAGGGGAAGGACCAGGAAAAUGUUCUAAUUCCACAUGUAAGAAGGUAGUCGCCCACUUGCAAGUUCCAGUUAUGUGUAUAAAACAGAAAUAUAAAGUAUCAAACAAAUUAGGAAAUAAAAACAAAAAAAGGGGAUUUAACUUUAAUUACUGUGUGCUUGAGAUUGGCUUUGGAUAUGGAUUUUCUAAAAAGUGAUGUUUUGUUGUUUAUCAUCUAAUGGCUGUAAACUGUAGUACUAGAAUAAAAAAAAAAAUGGAAAAUCA